AGGUUGUUCACGUUCUGCUGCAGCGCGGUCUGCAUGCGCUGCGCGUAGGCACUCAGCUGGCGCCCCAGUCGCUCCGCCUGGGUGUUGACCUGGGCGCGCAGCUCCUCCACGUAGGGCCCCAGGCGCUGCUGCAGCUCGCGCACGUUGUCCCCGAUCUUCUGGCUCACCUCGUUGGCGUGGGGCAGCAGCCGGGCCCGCAGCUCCUCCAGCUCCUGCCGAAUCUCCUCCUUCAGCUUCUCGGAGUCCUUGGUCAGGCGUUCAUGCAGCUCCGUGGCGAAGGGCACCAGCUUCUUCUGCAGAGGACAAAAUUGAGGCUCUGAGAGAGAUCUCUGGACCUGGGUCUACGAGAACGAAGGUGCCAUGCAGCCCCGUGUCCUCCUCGUUGUUGCCCUCCUGGCGCUCCUGGCCUCCGCCCGAGCUGCAGAGGAUGAGGAUUCCUCCCUUCUGGAUGUCGUGCAUGGCUACGUGAAGCACGCCUCCAAGACAGCAAAGGACGCACUGACCAGCGUGCAGGAGUCCCAGGUGGCCCAGCACGCCAGGGACUGGGUGUCAGAUGGCUUCAGCUCCCUGAAAGACUACUGGAGCAAGCUGAAGGGCAAGUUCUCCGGGUUCUGGGAUUCCACCUUUUAGCCCAAAGCAACUGCAGGCUCUGAGGCCGCCUGAGACCUUGACGCCACAAGUCCACCUGCCUGUCCAUCCUGCAGGCUCUUUGGGUCCUGCGGCCUCCAGGGCUGCCCCCGAAGGUCGCUUGAAAGGGCCAGCAUCCUCAGUGCCUUCUCACCCCACCCUGGACCUGAUCACCCCCAGGCAUGCUGACCUCCCAAUAAAG